AUGAGGUUCUUUUUGUUUUUUCCGUCCUUUUUCAUCAUUGCCAUUAUAAUUAUUCUAAUUAUCAUCAUCGUAAAGUAAGGCAUUUAAGUUUGAGUACAUUUCAGAGACAUUCUUUAGUACUUUACUAGAGUUUUUUUAGUUUUUUAAAAGUUUUUAAGGUCAUGUUGUUAGUUUUUAAGCAUCUUUACUAUAAGUUUGUGCAUUUCCAAACAGGAUCUUAAUGAUAACGCUGACAAACAUUACUGAAGUCAUUAAGAAAUAUAACUUUAGGCUAAAAUCAGUACAUAUAAAAUUAAAUAUUCUCAAAUAAUUUUUUAAAUUUCAUUUUUAGGCGAAAUCAACAGCGAUCGCGACGAAAUGUUAACUGUGGCGUGGCUACAUACACCGUGCCAACUACUACCGCACCAAUUUAUCCACCUCAAAACUCAUACCAACCUUCUCAUCUAACUCCAUUCACACCAGCUACACCCUUCCCAGCAGCUUCACCCUACCCAUCAGCCAGUCCUUAUCCAACUGCUGCACCAUAUCCUUCUGGAGCGCAAUACCCAGAAGCUUCCUACCCAAAUCAAUAUCACCAACAACCGUUCUACCCUCCACCGCCCGCUUAUUCUCCUCCAAAAGUUCCUGGACAAUAA